AUGUUCUUCCGCUCACUCGUCGCUCUUGCUAUCGCCCUCUCGGCUUCGGCCUCGCCUCUUCUCGGCAACGCUGCCCCUACUGCCAGCGCGGCAGUCGGUCUCGGCGAUAACAGUUGCCCUGGCAGCGGCAGCACCGUCACCGUCACCGUCACCGUUGGUGGAGGUGGUAGUAGCGGCGGUAGCGGAGGCUAUGGCGGUAGCGGCGGCGCCUCCACAACCGUGCCAGUCGUCGUACCCACCACCACUGUCGCAAUCCCUUCGGUCACGUCGGUUCUCACCAGCGUUGUGGCGACACCAACGGCUCCUGCCGGCGGUAGCGGUAGCGGCACUGGCACUGGCACUGGCACUGGCUCGGGUAGCGGUAGCUCGGACCCAGGAAGCGCUUCUUGCAACACCGGCCCCGUUCAGUGCUGCAACCAGGUUCAGCCCGCGAACUCCGUCAACUUCGCCAGUAUUCUCCCCUCAAGCCUUUUGGGCCUGCUCCCGAUCAACCUCCAGGGUCUGAACGUUCCUAUUGGUCUCGACUGCGACCCUAUCAAUGUCCUCGGCAUUGGCAGCAACUCCUGCAGCCAGCAGACGGUGUGCUGCGAGAACAACAACUUCUCGGGUCUCAUUGCCAUCGGCUGCACGCCCAUCAACCUGUCGUUGUGA